GAGGAGAGGUCAGGAUGAACACAGGGAUCAAUAAGUCUUUGAUUAUAAGAAACCUUUUAUUUUAUUAUCAGAUUAAAGUAUCGAUCAAACUGAACAUCACAGAUUUAUUAAAAACAACAAAACAUGAUGGAUGUGUUUAUUGAUCAAACAUGUUGAUCAGUAAACUAAAUCAGUUUCACAGGACGACCAGGAACAGAGAGUUUAUUCACCUUCAGAUCUGAUCAGACACACACACACACACACACACACACACAGACACACACACACACAGACACACACACACACACACACACACACACACACACACACACUCUGGGCUCUCUGGAGCUCCUCCCCCCGCUCUCUGCUCUGCUGGUUUCUCUUCAGUCUUUAAGGAGCUGCCGCAGCGAACAGACCUGCGCUGAUCCGGAUCAGAUCAGGUCCUCUUUUUCAUUAAGGGUUCUCCAAGUUCUUCAGGGUCUAAUAGGAUCGCUCUGGAUCUCUGAGGAUCUCUGAGGGUCUCUGAGGAUCUCCGUUGGUUCCAGAACAGAAAACAUGAGGAACAUCGAGAGCUGCUGAUCAGUGACAUCAUUUCACCUGUCUGAUGACAUCACAACCUGACAAUGAUGUCAUUAACAUAGUGGACUGUAUCUGAUGACAUCAUCAGCCUUCAGGAUGUCCGGUAACUGGUCCAUCCUGAGACUGUCAUCACUGGCUCCUCCCACCAGCACCGAAACCCCGCCCCCUCCCAACACCUCCCAGUUCCCCGCUCUCUCAGACUGGGAGGCUCCCGGCUUCACCCGCGCCGCUCAGGUGCGAGUCGGUGCCACCUUUGUCCUCUUCCUGUUCGCCGCCUGCAGUAACCUCGCCUUAUUGGUCAGUGUGUGGCGUGGGCGGGGUCGGCGGCUGGCGUCUCACCUGCGGCCGCUGAUGCUGAGCCUGGCGUCAGCUGACCUGAUGAUGACGUUUGUGGUGAUGCCUCUGGACGCCGUGUGGAACGUGACGGUGCAGUGGUACGGAGGGGACGCGCUCUGUAAGCUGCUCUGCUUCCUGAAGCUGUUCGCCAUGCACGCCGCCACCUUCAUCCUCGUGGUCAUCAGCCUCGACCGCCAGCACGCCAUCCUGCACCCGCUGGACGCUCUGAGCGCACAUCACAGGAACCGACGCAUGCUGCUGCUGGCCUGGAGCCUCAGCCUGCUGCUCGCAUCACCACAGAUCCCGUGCUGCUGGUCGCGUGGAGACCUGAUCCAAACUGACCCUGAGAGGCAGAGCGGGGGAGGCGGGACCUCUGAGAUGAGGGGCGGGGCCUCUGAGAUGAGGGGCGGGGCCAGAGGAGCGCAGACUGACGUGGGGGUGAGAGUGACCCUGAGGUCAGCUGGAGGGGGAGAGGGGGUCCCAGCUGAGGAGCGCGUGGGUUCUAAAUGA